GGAAGCCGUAGCUGGCGGGCAGCACAGUCCUGGCCCCCGUGGGCUGCAGCUGCACACCCAGCACCCACCCAGCACCCCGUGGGCAUCCCGGGGAGGACAAGCCAUCUGGGAGGUGGCCCUGCUCCGUGCUAGUGAGUUUGCCUGGGGACCGCAGGGACCGGAGCUCCGUGGGAGUCCCUGGCUGGGAAGUGCCUGUGCAGAGCUGAGGCCUGGCUCUGGGUGUUGUCACAGCCGAGAGGUGGGUCUGGGACAGUUUCCUGCCUCUCCUGCGCCCAGGAGGUUGACGAGGUCACAUUGCCAUCCCUAGAGAGACACCCAGCCCAGGAGGCCAACCCCUGCUCAGCUCUGCUUUGCGGUUAGGGGAGUUUUAGAGAGAAGGUGCUUGGACCCCAGCGACUUCCUGGAACCUCGGCUGGGCCUGCAGAGAGGGGCGCCGGGCCUGCCGCGGGACUGCCCUGGUCAUUUUAAACCUCAGCGUCAACCUCCCGCUAGGAGCCCACGCGUGCUGCGCGCUCAGAAAGGUUGUUCUGGAGACGCCCGAGGCCGGAACCCACGACAUGCAAGGAAACGCCACCCUAGCGACCACCUGUGCCCCGUGGGCUCCCGAGAACUGCAAUGUGUCCUUCGAGGAGAGCAGAGUGGUGCUGGUGGUGGUGUACAGCACGGUGUGCGCCCUGGGCCUGCCGGCCAACUGCCUGACCGCGUGGCUGACGCUGCUGCAGGCGCUGCAGGGCAACGUGCUGGCCGUCUACCUGUUCUGCCUGGCGCUGUGCGAGCUGCUCUACGUGGGCACCCUGCCGCUCUGGGUCGUCUACGUGCAGAACCAGCACUGCUGGACGCUGGGCCCGUGGGCCUGCAAGGUGACCGCCUACGUCUUCUUCUGCAACGUCUACGUCAGCAUCCUCUUCCUGUGCUGCAUCUCCUGCGACCGCUUCGUGGCGGUGGUGUACGCUCUGGAGAGCAGAGGCCGCCGCCGCCAGAAGACCGCGGUCGCCAUUUCCGCGCUCAUCUUUGUCCUGGUCGGGCUCGUCCACUACCCGGUGUUCGACAUGGAGCACAAGCAGACCUGCUUCGAGACGCUGCACAUGGACAGCAGGGUGGCCGGGUUCCACUACGCGCGCUUCGCGGUGGGCUUCGCCGCCCCUCUGUCCAUCAUCACCUUCACCAACCACCGGAUCCUCAGGAGCAUCCGGCAGAGCCGGGGCCUGACCGCGGCCCAGAAGGCCCGGGUGAAGCGCUCAGCCGUCGCGGUCGUGCUCAUCUUCCUGCUGUGCUUCGCGCCCUACCACCUGGUGCUGCUGGUCAAGGCCGCCGCCUUCUCCUACUACAGAGGGGACCCCAGUGCCGUGUGCGCCUUCGAAGCCAGAGUCUACACGGUCUCCAUGGUGUUUCUGUGCCUGUCCACGGUGAACAGCGUGGCCGACCCCAUCAUCUACGUGCUGGCCACGGACCAUUCGCGGCAAGAAGUGUCCAGAAUCCACAAGGGGUGGAAAAAGUGGUCCCUGAAGACGGACGUCACCAAGCUCACGUGCUCCAAGGACUCGGGGGACACGGGGUCGCCCACGGCACUCAUAAACCACUACGCCUUCUCGGGGCCUGUCCACCCGCCAGGCUCCCUAUGCCCGCCGCGGAGGCUGGGCGAGGAGUCCUGCUGAGCACCGCAGGGGAGGACGGUGGCUGGGGCGAGAGGGGGCCGCCGGCCAUGGAGCCCCAUGUGCGUCUCUGAAGACACACUACCAGGUCUCGCUCCUGCAGCCACUCCCUCCGUGAGCCUCCGCCCCGU